UUCCUCUUUCCUAUUCGUUUUCUCUUUCCUCGUCAUCUCCAGAUCCCAUCGACGAGAUAUGGCGCCGUCGACGCCCCCGUCGCCGCUCCUCGGCCGCAUCCUUGCGGCGGACGCCUCCGUUUCCGGUGCAAUUCAUACUGCGGCAAAGCCAUUUCUACCGCCGUCGCUCCUUCUCCUCCUGGAGAUCUCUGCUGACUUUCGUUUCUCAUUUCCCGUCUCCCUCUCCCUCCUUCUCUCCCCUCCUCUCCGGCCUUUCCUCCACCCCUUCCUCGUCGGUCUUCUUCUCGAUCUUCUCCUCGUCGGCGCCGUCAAGCUCGUCUUCCGCCGGUCACGCCCCGCCUACAACCAUCCUUCCAUGUCCGCCGCCGUCUCCGCCGAUCACUCCUCGUUCCCCUCCGGCCACGCUUCUCGGGUAUUCUUCGUCGCGGCGGCUGUCCAUUUUUUCUCUUCGGCCUCCGCGGCUCCGGUGAGUGGUAUCGGUUACUCUUUCCUCGACGACUGGGUUAGGGAUCGCGAUGGCGAUGUGAAGGGGGAGGUUGUGGCGGUUUUGUGGGGUUGGGCUUGCGUGACCGCCAUGUCUAGGGUUCUUCUUGGGAGGCAUUUUGUGCUGGAUGUUGCUGCUGGUGCGUGCUUGGGGAUUCUGGAGGCUCUCUUCGUGCUUCGGUUUAUGCGGUUGGAGGAGAUCUUCGGGAGAGGUGCAAAAGCUGCAACUCCGUAGAUGACCACUGCAGAUUCUCAUUGUCAGUAACUUGGGGAUGUUUAAGGUUACUGGAGCGACCAGAGGCCCCGCAUCUGGGUGUUCUACACUCGUGGAGUAAAUUCAGUAAAGUAUAGAUUAUUUUUUUUUGAAACAGCUAUUAUUGAAGGUGCAUGAUUAGUUUGGCCCUUAGCCUACAUGUUUAUUUGUUGAAUUAUAUUUUUCGACAUCAUAUGAUGAAUGAUCCCUUGUUUUUCCUCAAUGUAUUAAUGGGAUUGGCAAGUUGUGACUGAUUGAUUGAUAGUGACAUCAUAAACUUGCUAAAUUAUCGCUGACAGAAUUUGUUA